AUGAAACCUCUGCUAAUUCUUCACCCUCCUUUCAUCUUCAUUUUGUUGCUCAUCUCAACCAAUACUCCAACAUGUCUCUGUGAGGAUGAUGUUCAGUACAGGAACUGUAGUAACGCUUUUAUAUGCGGUAGUAGCAACCUGGACCUCAAGUAUCCCUUCUGGGGAGUAAACAGAGAUAAGUACUGUGGUGAAGAGAAGCUCACAUGCGAAGGAGGAGUCCCCAAGAUAACCAUGAAUGACAUCAAAUACCGUAUCCUUGAUUGGGAUAAUACAACACAGAUAGUAACAGUCGCCAGGGAUGAUUAUUGGGGUGAUAUAUGUUUGAGUGAUCCCAAGAACAACACGUUUGACAGAACUCAGUUUCAAUAUGAUCACGAUGAUGAGCUUGUUAACGUGACGCUGUUUUAUUGCCCUUCGGAUACACCUCCAAUAACAACGGAUUUUUUUGGUCCAACGAAGUGUGGUGAUAAUAAAUUUGUCUUCUACACUCACCUUCCAGUAAAUUCGUACACGGGGAAUUGCCCGAUUGUGGUGAUUCCGAUAUUUGAAUCCAACGCUUCACUUGUACAUGACAAUAAAAUAAGCGUAGCGUUACAGAAUGGUUUUGAGUUGAAUUGGGUGGGAAAUUACGAGGAGUGCAAGAAAUGUAGUGAUUCUGGUGGAGCGUGUGGGUUUAACGAUGGAGAUGGAGAGUUCCAAUGUUUCUGCAAGGAUGGAUCUGCUUCAUGCACAGGUAUGUCUCUAUUCCCAUUUCUAGUUUAG